AUGUCUUCAUAUGGAGCCAUUGGCCUGGAGGGCACAGACGUUGACCCAUUGCUAGAAGCUGAAGCUUCUAUUAGAAGGUCUACUUCAGCUGCUGAUAUACCUGUUUCGAACAGACUCAGCCAACCGAGACAUAGUCUCCAGCGACAGCCUUAUCUAUUCACAGGAGGUAUAGCAUUAUCCCCAGAAGGUAGUCAGUUAUCCUUAAACUCCGGGGAAGAUUUUCACAGGCAACACAAUAAUGCCGUUCGGUACAGACUCUACAAUAGGCUUGAUCAGGGACAAGGACACCUUCGCAUGCCUGAUCAUGUAACGCCUCCAGAGUAUUUCUCGAUUUUACCUUUCGAUGAGUUGAGGGACCGGUCUGGCAAACAAAGUAGUUUAGUUACAAUCUUCUCCUUAUGGAAUACAAUUAUGGGUACUUCUUUAUUAACUAUGCCUUGGGCAUUACAACAGGCUGGUCUUGCACUCGGAAUUAUCAUUUACUUAGCUAUGUGUGCUGUUUGUCUCUAUACUGCUUAUCGUGUUUUACAAAGUGCCGACGGGAUACCAAAUCUUCAAGUCGACCCUUCGGUCGCCGAAUUCAGUGAUGUUUGUGAAUAUUUUUUCGGAAAAAUUGGAAUGUCCAUAUCUGUUGUUUCUUCCGUAGUUGUUUUUCUCGGAGGAAUCAUUGUUUAUUGGGUUCUGAUGUCAAACUUUUUAUAUUUUACUGGAACUGUUGUUUAUGAUGCUUUACAGCCCAACAGCUCAACUAUUCCAAUUAUGGAGAAUAAGACAUUCACUUGCGAUAUUUAUUGUCCCGAUGAAGUUCAAUAUUCUUCUUUAUAUACCCCGUAUGUUCCACAGUUUUCAUAUGGCAAUGCUAGCUCUGAAUCCACUUUUGACAAAUUCUGGCAGCUGCAGAAUACUGUUCCAUUUUAUUUGGCCAUAGUUGCCUUUCCUCUUUUUAACUUCAAGUCUCCAACUUUCUUCACAAAAUUUAAUGUGCUUGGCACUAUCUCUGUUGUCUACCUGUUGGUAUUCACAGGCUCAAAAUUUGUAGAAUGUGGAUUCAAUAUGGAUUUUGUCAAUCCCAAUUCUAUUCACUACGUGAAAUUAUUCAAUUGGAAGUUCCCUGCCUUGACAGGAACUCUAACCUUAUCUUAUUUUAUUCACAAUGCCGUGAGAACAAUCCUUAGGAAUCAACGGAAUCCAGAGAAUAAUGCUCGAGAUUUGUCUAUUGCUUAUUGCCUGGCAGCCGGAUGCUAUGUUUACAUCGCUGUAGCGUUUUUCGCUGGAUUCCCUGUUCAAAGGAGCUGUAUAAGUGAUAACAUGUUGAAUAACUUUGGAACAGGAGACAUACUGAGCAGUAUGGCUCGUCUGUUUCUUCUCUUCCAAAUGUUGACCGUUUUACCUUUGUUAAUGUAUUUGACGCGAACACAAAUAUUCUAUGCCAUCUGUGGUGAUGGUUAUCCUGGAUUAUUUUGGGUCAUUUUGAUGAACCUAGGAAUUAUGUCUAUAGCUAUCUUCUUCGCUGUAUUCUAUCCGAAAGUUGGAAGUAUUAUCAGAUAUGUUGGAGCGAUAUGUGGGAUGGUUUACGUGUUCACGUUACCUACAAUCGUUCAUUUGAAAAAGUUACAAAUGCGAGAUGAGCUGACGAACACCAAAAAAAUGCUCCAUUUCCUCAUCAUCGGGUUUGGAGUAGCCAAUAUGAUUGCUCAAUUCAUUAUGUAA